GCGCCCCCACCCAGCGUCAUCAGCCUUUCAGGGCUGCCUCUGGGUCCUCUCUUGACCAGCAGGGCUUGGCGCGAUGAUGCGGUCGAGAGACGACGCUCCCGGCGUUGCAGGGCCGCAAGCCAAGAAGCCUGCUGCCGGGGAGGAGGAACGCAGAGAGAGGCUGACCACCAAUGACGCCCUCUCCUACCUGCGCGAGGUCAAGACCCGCUUCGCCAAUAACCGGAAGGUCUACGACAGCUUCCUGGAGAUCAUGAAGCAGUUCAAGGCGCAGUCGAUUGACACCACGGGCGUGAUUGAGAAGGUCAAGGACCUGUUCAAGGGCCACCCAGAGCUUAUUCUGGGCUUCAACACCUUCCUCCCCAAGGGCUACGAGAUCCGCCUGGAUGACGUGCCCCCCAGCGUACGCUCCUGGGAGCCGCCGUCGAUGCGUGUGCCGGUCGCCGCCCCCAAGCCGCCGGUGGAGUUUGACCAGGCCAUCAGCUACGUCAACAAGAUCAAGAUGCGGUUUGCGAACGACGAGCGCGUGUACAAGGCCUUUUUGGAGAUCCUCAACAUGUACC